GCACAUACAUAAGACACCAAAAAAUAUUGUUAAUAAUGCUCCCCAAUCACCACCACAACUUCAUUAUUAGCCCUUCUUUUUUCCUUUCCCUAUAUAAGCAAUAAAACCAAUAAACUCCACAAAAACACCAACAAAAAGCCUAUACCUAACCUAGCAACAAUGGCUACAACAUUUCUCACAACCCUUGUCCUAAUCUCCUCCUUGUUCAUUUCUACAACCAUCUCUACAUCUAACUCUCAAGCUACAAUCAAGGCUUGGUGCAACCAAACCCCACACCCGCAAACGUGCGAGUACUUCUUCACGAACAACCCUAAAUACAGAGUCCCGAUCGGGAAGAAAUCCGAUUUCUUCAGACUAUCGGCCGAACUGGCCCUAGACCGGUGCAUGCACGUGCAGAACAAUUUCUACGCGCUCGGUCCAAAAUGCCGCAACCAGCGCGAAAAGGCCGCGUGGGCUGACUGCAUCGAGCUCUACGAACACACCAUCCGUAAAAUCAACAGAACUGUCGAUCCCAUGUGCUCGCCGGCUGACGCGCAGACCUGGUUGAGCUCUGCCCUGACGAAUCUCGAGACGUGCAGAUUAGGGUUUCAAGAUUUCGGCAUAACCGACAAUUACAUCUUUCCCUUCACCUCGAAUAACGUGACCCUAUUGCUAAGCAAUACCCUAGCAAUCAACAAGGAGGCUUCGAGCAAAUACGAAAAGCCGAGGUAUACGGAAGGGUUCCCAGACUGGGUUCGACCCGGUGAGCGAAAACUACUCCAAUCCUCCACUCCACGUGUCGAUGCGGUGGUGGCGCAAGAUGGGUCUGGAAACUUUCGAACGGUGGGCGAAGCAGUGAAAGCCAUCGGAAAACGAUCGGGUAGCGGGAGGUACGUGAUCCAUGUGAAACAAGGGACGUAUAGGGAGAAUGUGGAGAUUGGGACGAGUUUGAAGAAUAUAAUGUUGUUGGGCGAUGGUAUCGGGAAGACUAUUAUCACCGGAAGUCGAAGCGUGGACGGAGGCUCCACCACCUUCAAGUCAGCCACGGUUGCCGUUGUGGGCGACGGGUUCAUCGCCCGUGGCAUCACCUUCCGGAAUACGGCCGGCCCACAGAAACACCAGGCGGUGGCCCUCCGGUCUGGGUCGGACCUAUCCGUUUUCUACCAAUGCAGCUUCGAGGGGUAUCAGGACACGCUGUACGUCCACUCCAAUCGCCAGUUCUACCGCGACUGCGACAUCUACGGCACUGUCGACUUCAUAUUCGGAAACGCGGCCGUCGUUUUCCAAAACUGCAACAUUUACCCACGGGACCCGCCCAACCGGACCAACACCAUCACGGCCCAGGGUCGGACAGACCCUAACCAGAACACAGGAAUCUCGAUCCACGAAUGUCGGGUCGCGGCCGCCCCAGACCUCCGCCCGAAGCUGAGGUCCGUGCGCACGUACCUCGGCCGGCCGUGGAAGGAGUACUCGCGCACGGUUUUCAUGAAGACGUCGUUAGACGGGUCGAUCGACCCGGCCGGGUGGAUGCCGUGGAGCGGGAAUUUCGCACUCAACACUUUAUAUUAUGGGGAGUACGCGAACACGGGGCCCGGCUCGUCGACUUCGGGCCGGGUCAAGUGGAAGGGGUAUCGGGUGAUCACGAGCGCGGCCGAGGCGGCCCAGUUUGCGCCGGGGAACUUUAUCUCGGCCGGUUCUUGGCUGCCGGCGACCAGUGUGCCGUUCACUUCAGCUCUAUGAUGAAUUUUUUAUGUGUUUUUAUUUUCGUUUUUUCUUUUUGCUGGUUUUUAUAAAUUUAUUUGUGUUUCAUGAUUUUUUCCGCUUAAAUAUUCUUUUAAUGUUGUAUUUGUCAUUGUGUGAAAAAUAAUAAUAUGUGAAGAAUAACAAUUUUAAGUAUUGAUUUCUUUUUUAUUAUUGGUCCUUUGUAGAGAAUUUGGUUCCCUUAUCCAGUUAUCCAGUUAUCCGUACCUUGCAAUAACGAGCCGACCCUAGCUCACUCUCACCUAGCUCGGCUCGUUAAAUAAAUGAUUCGAAA